AUGGCAGGCACAAGAAAUUCAAUUAAGUCACAGGGUACCCAACUCUUUGCGGGACUUGAACCACCCACGCGUAAAAGAAAGAACUCUGUGGCUAGUUCAAGUGGCUCUACCCAAAAACCCUCAUCGAGCAAUAAAGGCUCCGCAAAAGUCCCAAGCAGUUCGAUAAUCAAAAAGGGUCAUAAAACAGCACUCGACAAUCAAAUGACGGGAAUGAAGCAAACACUUGCCAAGUGGACUAAACAAUUUGAGGAAGGGGACGCUAAACUGAAAGAUUCUAUGACUAGGAUAGCAGCUGAAAUAACGCAACUCCAAACCGAUACUGAGAGUAUAAUCCUUGACGAACCUGAGAAUCCCGAAACCAAAUCUUCAGAGGCAGAGGACAGUUUGUUUGUCCCACAGAAUUCAGAUGGUUCAGACGAUCCAGAUGGUUCAAACGGUUCAAACGGUCCAAACGGUUCAAACGGUUCAAACGGCUCAAACGGUUCAAACGGCUCAAACGGUUCAAACGCUUCAGACGCUUGGGACAGUUCAGACGAUUCAGACAGCUCAGAGAGUUCAAAUAAUAAGCAACAGACCCCUGAGUCAUCCGAUCCAUAUGAUCUUGUUGGCCCAAUCCAUCUUGAAUAUGAAUCGGAGUAUGGAUCUAUGAUGGGAUUUUUCAAGGGACGAUUUGGCCGCAAAUAUGUAUUGUUUGAACAGGGGCCCAGCACGGCCUCCAGACAUAGACUGGUUAGCGAGAACGAAUUAGGUCAGAAAGUUGACGAAAGAACUACAAAUAACCUUUGUGGGCAGCAACGUGGUGACCAAGAAGGUGGGAAGAUUAUGUGGCUGCAAGACGCGAUAACGGUCCCAUUUUCCGGUACUCUAGACUUCGUCAGUCCCUUGGUUCCAAAGAAGUGUAGACCACAAGGGGACUGUAACGGAGAUUCGCCAAUUACGAGGAUUGUGGCUAAGUGGAAAAUUGGUGAUAAAACACUUCUGACGGUUGAGACAAGAACUACUGUUAGAAAGAUGUGGUUUAAGCGAGGAAAAACAACCCUACAAAGUGACCUGAAGUACCAGGGUAAGGUUAUCGUACCAAAAGGUUGCCAGAUCAGUUGGGCAGACUUAGCCAUUAUCCAAGUGAGGAUUGCACGCGAGCUUAAAUAUGAAAAGGGACAAAAGGCACCAAAAGCAGUGAGUUUUAAAUUAGAGGAAGACUUAUGA